UACUCUCAUUUCAAGAUGGCGGACGCAGAGGCAGCGUCAGUGAAGAAGAAGAAGAUGAAGAAAGUCAGUGAAGAAGAAGUCGGGGAGAUUCAGCAGAGCGGAGAAUUCUUCAUCCAACCAGAGUCCAAGGUGGCCGCUCUGGACACGUCUCAGUGGCCGCUGUUGUUGAAGAAUUUUGACAAACUGAACAUCCGGACGGCUCACUACACGCCGCUGCCCAACGGCAGCAACCCUCUGAAGAGAAACAUCCAGGAUUACGUCAGGUCGGGUUUCAUCAAUCUGGACAAACCAGCCAACCCUUCGUCUCACGAGGUGGUGGCGUGGAUCCGGAGGAUCCUGCGCGUGGAGAAAACGGGUCACAGUGGGACGCUCGACCCGAAGGUCACCGGCUGCCUGAUCGUCUGCGUGGACCGAGCCACGCGAUUGGUCAAGUCCCAGCAGAGUGCCGGUAAAGAGUAUGUGGGAAUCGUUCGGCUGCACAAUGCGAUAGACAGCGAGCACACGCUGGCCAGGGCGUUGGAGACGCUGACCGGCGCUCUGUUCCAGCGACCGCCGCUGAUCGCCGCCGUGAAACGUCAGCUGAGAGUUCGAACGAUCUACGAGAGCAAACUCAUUGAAUACGACCCCGAGAGGAGGCUGGGUAUCUUCUGGGUGAGCUGUGAGGCGGGAACGUACAUCCGGACUCUGUGCGUCCACCUGGGUCUGCUGCUGGGGGUCGGAGGUCAGAUGCAGGAGCUGAGGAGAGUCCGCUCCGGAGUCUUGGGAGAGAAGGACAACAUGGUGACGAUGCACGACGUCCUCGACGCUCAGUGGCAGUUCGACCACAACAAAGACGAGUCGUACCUGCGGAGAGUCAUCUUCCCUCUGGAGAAGCUGCUGGUGUCUCACAAACGGCUGGUGAUGAAGGACAGCGCUGUGAACGCCAUCUGUUACGGAGCAAAGAUCAUGCUGCCGGGUGUCCUCAGGUACGAAGACGGCAUCGAGAUCAACCAAGACAUCGUCGUCAUAACGACCAAGGGCGAGGCCAUCUGUACAGCCGUCGCUCUGAUGACCACGGCGGUGAUCUCCACGUGUGAUCACGGCGUCGUCGCUAAGAUCAAGAGGGUGAUCAUGGAGCGAGACACGUAUCCUCGGAAGUGGGGUUUGGGACCAAAGGCGAGUCAGAAGAAGAUGAUGAUUCAGAAAGGACUCCUCGACAAACACGGCAAACCAAACGGCAGCACGCCGGCGGACUGGAAGAACCAGUACGUGGACUACAGUGUCUCCAAGGUGCCGGAGGAGUCAUGUGACACUUCAUUAAAGAGGAAGAGAGAGGCGACAGACAGUGACGCUGAACCUGCGACGACGACGACGCCGUCUGCAGACGACAUAAAGAAAGAGAAGAAGAAGAAGAAAAAAGAGAAGAGGGCAAAACUGGAGGAGGCGGAGCCUGCUGACGCAGGGGCGGAGCCUGAGACAGAGGUUUCAGCUGAAAGUGCCAAAAAGAAGAAAAAGAAGAAGAAACAGAAAGAAGAGGAAACGUCAGAGUGACGGCGGAUCAACAGG